AUGGUAAAAGAGAUAGUUGCAUUGUUUCUUCAUAUUCUUUCCCAAGAUUUGAAAAAUAGAACAAUUCAAGCUAUCUUUGCCCGUUCUGGAGAGACCGGUGUUGUUGGAGCUCUUGGUGGAACACACAUUAAGAUGACCGUCCCUAUUGAGGUUUGUCCUCGCUAUCGAGAUAGGAAAGGUGACCUUAGUACUAAUGUCUUAGCGGAUUGUGAUUCUAAUCUUCGUUUCACAUAUGUCUUACCUGGUUGGGAAGGGUCCGCAUCAGAUCCUCGUGUGCUUCGUGAUGUAUUAAGGAGGCCUAAUGGGCUUAAAAUACCAAGAAACAAAAACUUUCUUGUGGAUUUGGGCUUUUCAAACUGUGAGGGAUUUUUAGCUCCUUACAAUGGAACCCGUUAUCAUUUAAAUUUGUGGAGGGGAAACACUCCAACAAAUUAUAUGGAACUUUUCAAUUUACGACAUUCCUCUGCUCGAAACACUAUUGAGAGGGCUCUUGGGUUGUUGAUGAAACAUGCAGACAAAGACUGA